GGCAUGUUUUCGAAAAGCAUUCUGGGUAGCAAAGAAGUGAACUAUUUCGGGUCGACGGGUUCUAAAGUCUCCAAUUUAAUCUUUUAAAAUAUAUUUAUGGAUAAUAAAUAUUAAGUUUUAUGGUGUUUUUUCGUGACGUUUGUUUUUAAUUUUUACUAAUCUUUAGUUGUUUUCUCUUUCAUCAUACUUUAAGUUUUGUAAUGGAAAAAAUCUGCCAAUUUCAUACAAAUCUAGUGGAAUUAUUUUAUUUAAAUAAAAUAAAUUUAGUAUCUUAAAAUAAAUAUUCAUUCGCAAUCAUUGGUCUUUCAUCUUCACAUUCGAGUUAUUCUGAUCCGAAGAGUGAUGGAGUGUUAAUACAGAAGCAGGGUGGUAUGGCCCCAGUGCUUCGUCACUGUCCUUGCCUCCGUCCUGAGAACGACGAUGUUCGACUAUUAGAAUACAGUCAUUCGAACUUGGAUGAUGUGCCAAAUGAGGUGUUCGGAUAUGAGCGGACGCUUGAAGAACUUUUUCUCGAUGCCAAUCAAAUAAAAGAUCUUCCAAGGCCUUUAUUCCACUGCCAUGGCCUACGAAAGUUAAAUUUAAGUGACAACGAGAUUCAAACACUUCCACCUGCAAUUGCUUCUCUCAUUAAUUUGGAGCAACUUGAUAUCAGCAAGAAUGGAGUAUUAGAAAUUCCAGAUAGUAUAAAGGGAUGCAAGUGCCUUAAUGCAAUUGAUGCUAGUGUGAAUCCUUUAGGAAAACUUCCUGAAGGAUUCACAUUUCUUUUAAACCUUCAAGAAUUAUAUCUUAAUGAUACGUUUUUGGAAUACCUCCCUGCAAAUUUCGGAAGGUUAGUACAUUUGAAAAUUUUGGAGCUAAGAGAAAACCAUCUAAAACUUCUUCCAAAAUCUAUGGCAAGACUCAUUGAGCUCAAUAGAUUAGAUAUUGGACAAAAUGAUUUUGCAGAUUUGCCUGAAGUUAUUGGAAAUUUACCAAGAUUGGUUGAGCUAUGGUGUGAUAGUAAUAAUUUAAAUUGUCUUCCACCAUUUUUGGGAGGUCUAAAAAAAUUAGCCUAUUUAGAUGCAAGUAAAAAUAAAAUAUAUGAAAUAGCAGAUGAAAUUGAAGGCUGCAUUAGUCUUUGUGACCUGACAUUGUCAUCUAAUCGAAUCAAAGUACUUCCUGAAGGCAUAGCUAAUUUAAGGCGACUGACAGUUUUACGAGUAGAUGAAAAUCGCAUUAUUUCAAUACCUCAAAACAUUGGAAACUUGUGCAAUUUGGAAGAGCUAGUCUUGAGUUCAAAUAAUCUAAAAAGUUUACCUCCUAGUCUUGGAUUACUUCGAAGCUUAAGAACUUUGAUUGCUGAUGAUAAUUUAUUAGAGGAGCUUCCAUCUGAAAUUGGCAGCUGUCUUAAACUCACUAUUUUGUCUCUUCGAGAUAAUAAGUUAGUUCAUAUUCCUGAUGAGCUUGGGCAUAUUACUGCAUUAAAAGUUAUCAACUUGAGCGGUAACCUUUUACAGUACUUGCCAUUUAGUAUAGCAAAGUUGCCAAAUCUACAAGCACUGUGGCUUUCUGAAAAUCAGAAUAAACCUUUGAUCCCCCUUCAAUCUGAUACUGAUAGAGCAAGUGGUAUAAAAGUUUUAACAUGUUUCAUGCUGCCACAAGUACCUUUAGAUGAAGAAGUCAUUGAUGUACCUGAUGUUGAGGUUGGAGUCAAAGACCCAGAGAAGGGUAGACCAAUAAUAAAAUUUGCUUUUGAUGCUGAAAAAGACCAACCAAGUAGAUUAGUUCGUGCACCCACACCUUAUCCUAAAGAACUUAAGGCUCAUGCUCGUCAUGCAAGAAAUUUUGCUCUGAAAAAGCACGGGUCGAAAGAUUCUGAAGGAAAUGAUGUAGCCAAUGAAGCAGCUCCGGUAGUUGACGAGAAUGAAGGCUUGCAUGCUACUGGGGCCACACCUGAUAUUAUGAUUUUACCCACGACAGUAUCAAAUGAGUCAAAUACUCCAGGCGUUAAAGAAGCUGUUGUUGCAAGACCAAAAUCACCUCUAACUUCACCUUCCAAGCAUGAAAGGCAUUACAUUCCAAAUGUUAAGAAUUUAUCAUCACAAGAAGAAAUGAAACAACACUCAUUUUUGGAACAAAAUCCUCUACAGGUUAGCCAAGUGGUUAGUUCUGACAUUGCUUCUGAAAUUAAUGCUAAAAUAUUAGGUAGACGUGAUUCUCGAGGUGAUGGGUCUAGUAGCGAAAACACCUCCACUUCAGCUACUGGUUCGCCCAAACUAACCCCAGAUGGCGGCUUGAACGAAACUUACAGCCACUCUCAAAAAGCAGACAAAGAUGGUCACUUCAAGAAAAACAUUCCAACAGCUGGUAAAAGAGACACCUGGAUGAGACAGCGACUUUUAAGACAAGGAAGCGGUGACAGUGACAGAGGAUAUCGUAGUGACCACGAAGUCUAUCUUGCGGAACGAGAUCAGUUUGGACAGCAGCAAUGCUACCAUGAUGGCUAUGCAAGCGACUGGGAGGCUUUUCUGGCAAAGCAGAGCUACGAGGGUCCUUCUAAUCCAGAUUCUGUUCAUGGUGCACAACACUACAAUCGAAGUUCCUUUCCACCCAAUGAUGUGGAAUAUCGGGGCCAUGCAGAAGGCCAAGAAAUCAAAUCUGAUGUCGAAAGAGAUGGAUAUGUAUACCCUUGGAAUACGAGAUUUCGAUAUCCUGAUGAAAAUCCAUCUGGUUUAGUUGACGAGGAGUAUCAAGCACGUAUGACGCCACCUUAUAAUGGAUACUAUCAAAUAGAUCCAGUCUCAGGCCAGUUUUUUCCUGUGUAUGACAUGAGUCACUCAUAUCCUCCUGGUACUGAUUCAUCAACUUACAUCUACGGUCGUAAUCCCGGUGCUGAAGCUGCACCUCCACAGUCUUACUAUGAAGAUUGUGAUGGAUAUAAGCACCCAGCAUCACAUUAUUGGAUGCCACCGCCCACAUCAAAUCCUCCUCCAAUUCCUGCUACAAAUCCUGGAACUUUACCCAGAAGAUUAGGAGCUGCAUCACCACGUCUCAAACGAGCACAAUGUUUGAGUGUUCAGGCUCCUCUGCAUGGAACACCACAAGAAUAUCAUUUAAUGCCCCACCAAGCUGUCCCAAUGCAUCCCUCAAUGCCAAACAGUUCACCUCGACCUGGACGUUCACCAUCCCCUGGCAUCGAGAGCAGAGGGCCCGUUCCUUAUUCUCCUCAACCCUACCAAAAAUUCCCUCCUCACUUCCAACCCCAAUAUCCAGGUUAUCCAAUCACAACCCAACCUGUAAACUCAACGCAUUUCCCACCUUCGAUGUCAAACGUUCAUCCUUCACAGUAUCAUGCAGCUCCCGUGUAUCCCACAAUGCCCACAUCACCUAGAAUGAAACUCCAGUCUCAUAUGUAUCAAAAUUCUGCUGUCGAUGACUCAGCUUUGGUAUCGAGACCUUAUCCUAUGAUGCAGCAUCCCAAUCUGCACAAUUCUCCGUAUUACUCACCCAAUCUUCGAGAUCAUUGCGGACCUCCUGAACCCUAUAGCCAUGUUUUUGGCAACACGGUCAAUCCGGAAAAUUUUGAAAGAGUUCAGGAUGCUGAAUAUGGGACAAUGACUUCUCCUACUUCCUUGCAUUAUCGCAGUGGUUCAAUACCUGCUCAAAUUCAAAGCAUUGAAAAUUGUGAUGUAAAUGCUGUGCAGCAUUUAAAUCGUUCUGUGCCAAGUAUUAAUAUCAUUCCAAGUACUUCACCACCUCGAACAUCAUAUGUUAUGGGGUCCGAUGCUUGGAAAGGAAACUCUGCUGGUGUUUCUCCUACGAAAACUUCAUCAAUAAAUGCAUCAUCUGAGGGAAAGAAAGAGAAUACUUCUCCACAAGGUUUUCAUGAACCAGAAAACGCUGCUAACAAUACUUCCAGUGCAGCAGAACAUUCUUCAAAACCAGCUGCCAAUGAUACAAAAAUAAAGAAUUCACCACAUUCACGAGACGAAAACUCCAAAAAGCACUCUGAAAAUUUAGUUGAAAAAUCAGAUUCCUAUGUUGUUGUAUCUCCAAAACCGAAAGUGGCAACUCAACAGGUUACAGAAACUAAUUAUAAUACAUUAGCUAGGAAUAAAGAGGAACACGCGAAUCCGAUUGGUGGAAGCGAAACUUCGAGUUUCCGCAGACCCGGCUGCUUCCAAGCGGUUCCUGUUAAUAUUCCUAGUGUACAUUCCAUGCCUCGAAAAAAAGAAUUUUCCGAGGCUGAUUCUUCACAGAAAAAUGUGAUAUCUUUUCCUAAUACUCGAGAACAAAGCGAAUCAAGAAAUGAUGGGAAUACCCAGCAUACGACUGAACCGGACACAACAAAAGAGAAUUCCAAUACUUUACAAAAAUUAAAUUCAACUGAGCCACCAAAACAAACUAGCUAUGUUAGCGGAAUUAUUAAAAAUAUUAAUAAAUCUUUCAGCGAACACAGUAAAGAUUCUCCAACUGCACCUGUUAAUUAUAAAACAAAUAGUAUCAAACACCCUGGUACUGAUGGUGUAGAUAAAGAUUUAAAAUCUGCUACGAAGAGUGUUACAAAACCCGGUUUUCCUGUACCAGUUUCAAACAGUAAUGCAAGCAAUUCUAACAGACAGAGUGAUUGUCCUCCCAUUUUACCGAAAAAGGAUAAAAAUGCUGUGACUAUGCGAAAUAUAAUUACAAAUCCCGAUUGUAAAGCAAAUCCUACUGUACCAUUACAUAAUUACAGAACCGAAGAAGCUCGGAAGCAAGUAGGUGAAACAGAGAAGAGAAAUGAGAAAAACAAACAUUCUACUCCUCAAAACACACAUUUUGAAAGGAAAGAUCAAUCUUCUUAUUCGCAAAGUAAAAUUGCUAUUGAAAACACCAAAAAUACAAAAUUUUCCCAAAAUUCACCCUCUAAGCAUUCGGGUAAUAAUCCUGUAAAGCAAAAUCAUACUUCUGCGGGGAAAUCAUUUGGUCAAGAUUCGAAACCAGAUCAUGCUGAGAGUAAUAAAACGUGCUCAUCUGAUAAAAGAUUUCAGAAAGUACUACCCCCAGUUGAUAAAUCAUUUCAUUUAAAACCCUGCACGACUCGAAAAUCUCAAAGCUCCCCAUCUCCUGAGCCUCCUCUCACCCCUGAACAUAGCCAUAAUCUAGAGACUGAAAAUUAUAAUGAAAAAAAUAAUAAAAACACUAGUCCUGCUUUGCCUCCGAGAUGUUCGUCUAAUCGCCUUGAAAAUCGCACGUCUGAUCCACCUGUCGUACCACCAAAAAGAACUACUAGUAUGAACGAACCUGGUGAACCAAUUAAUCGAACGAAUGUACAAGAACAAAUUCACUCUAAUAGGCCAACAAUAGACCCAUCAGCACAACCUAACAAUGAAAAUGAUGCUGUGCAGAAAAAAGAAUCGGAACUCUCUAAAAUUUUAGUGGAUAUAGUACAGUCUAAGGAAGUGAAUAAUGAGUUGAAUGUUCAAGUUCAAAAAGGUAACAUGCCUGACCUUAUUAGUCGGAUGAUCCCUGUUGAAAAGGAUACGUUAAUUAUUCUUGAACAACCACCUAAAGUUCUGAAAAGUGUUAAUUCUGAAGAGGAUGAGCUUUCGAAAGACAAUUUCUCUUUUAAUAAAGAGAAGGAAAAAGAUGGUACACCAGAUUCUCCGAAACGCCAGUCUUGGUUCUUUGGAUCUCAUAAGAAUUCUUUAGUCUUUCCAGUAAUAGUUUCAAGAAACCCUGAGUUUGGAUUUUCUAUUGAAGGAGGCAUUGGAUCACCUAGAAAUCCUGGAAAACCUCAUGACAAUGGUAUAUAUGUUGCUCAUGUUAUAGCUGAUGGACCUGCUAGUAAUUUAUUAAGACCUGGAGAUAAAAUAUUACAAGUUGAUGGGAAAGAUUUUACACAUUUGGACCAUAACAAAGCAGUAGCAGUUUUGCAGGAGUGUGGUGCUACCAUAUCACUAAUGGUUUCUCGAGAAUGAAGCAAGCAAAACAUAAUUUCCUAAAAUUAAGCAAAUCUGCAACUUCACAUUGUGCCUUUGUGAAGUUUAGCUGGCCCGUAUCUUCUAAAAUUUAUGGUGCUGCAUUUAAACAAAAUUCUAAAUUUCCGGAGUUUUGAUCUAUGUUUUAGGUAUAAAAUGACGACUGGAUGGUAUACUACUGGAUGGAUAUACUACUUAUUUAUAGAUUUGAUUUUUAAAAAAAAUUUUAAUAUUUCUAUUGUUUUAAAAUAUGUUUUUCUAUAAGAUAUUUAUAAAAAAAUUACAUUGGAAAAUUGAACUGACUUAUAUCAGUUUUAGUUUUGAUUCUUUAAAAAAAAUCUACACUUCCAUAUAAUUAUAGUAUACAGCAAUUUUUUUUAAAGAAACUUAACUAUUAAAUUAUUGGUGGUUAUAGAUCUAAGGAAAUUAUUUAUAAAAUGAACACACUGUGAUGCAGAUGUUUAAUUUAUUGUACAGAAAGCAAAAAAACUUUUACUAUAAAUAAAUGGAGGUAUAUCAUGCAUGAUUGUUCUUGAAACUAGCCACUUCAUGUGAUUUAGAUCAAUUAUGAGUAUCUUAAAUAUGGCUGCCAAUUUCACAUUAUUAAUUUUAAUUUCUCUAAUAGUAUUUAAUUGUUUCGAAAAUUUUAAUAUAAAAGUAAACAAUUAUUUUUUGUGAAAUAAAAAUAUAACAACGUAUUAUAAAAACUUAUUUUCCAUAUGACAUUUUAUUUAUGAUAAAUAUUUUUAAUAAUUAUUAUUUAUUUAUUUAUAUUUGUUUAGUGAGCAUAGCAUGUAUCAACUUUAAAGUCAUUAUAAUUUGCUAUGUUUGUUGCAACGAAGUCCUAUAUUUCAACAAAAACUAACCUUCAAUGGCUGCCCAAUUUAUAGCUCAAUUUGUUUAAGCGCUUAUACUUAUGACUCACUCACUUAAUAUUCCAGCUUUCAGUUGUUUGUUGGUACUGCGUAAAACAAAUUUUAUCUGCUUUUUAAUGACAUUAGAUUUAUGUAAUCAGAUAGUAUUGAAACAAUUUGGAUUUUGCAAGUUUCUCUUAUUUUAAUCAAAAAAAUCUUUUAUUUU